AUGGCUUAUCACCAGUUCGAUUACAUCCUUGCGAUUGCCAUUAUCUUCGCCUUCUUGGAUGCCUUCAACAUUGGUGCCAAUGAUGUUGCCAAUUCCUUCUCUUCUUCGGUCUCUUCGAGAUCUUUGAAGUACUGGCAGGCCAUGAUUUUGGCAGCCAUUUGUGAGUUCUUAGGUGCGGUCUUGGUCGGUAACAGAGUCUCUGACACUGUUAGAAAAAAGAUUCUUUCUGUCGAUGCUUUCGAAGAUGAUCCUACUGUUCUUAUGUUGGGAAUGGCCAUUGCUUUAGUUGGUUCUUCCAUUUGGUUGACUAUUGCCACCACCAUCGGUAUGCCUGUUUCCACCACUCACUCCAUUAUCGGUGCUGUGCUCGGUGUGGGUAUUGCUUCCAGAGGUGCUGACCACGUUAUUUGGGGUUGGGAAGGUUUCGCUCAGAUUGUUGCCUCCUGGUUUAUUGCCCCAGCUAUCGCUGGUGGUUUCAGUUCCAUCACUUUCCUUAUCGUUAAGUUUGGUGUCUUGGAAAUUAAGGACGAGAAGACUUCUAUCAGAAACGCCUUGUGCUUGAUUCCAAUCUUGGUUUUCAUCACCUUCUGUGUCUUGACCAUGUUGAUUGUCUGGAAGGGUUCUCCAAACUUGAACUUGGACGACUUGGGAACUCGUACCACCGUUGGUGCCAUUUUCGGUGUCGGUGCUGUUGCUUUCGUUCUUUACUUGCUUUUCGUCUUCCCAGUUGUCAGCAGAAAGAUUCAGCACAACGACUGGACCCUCAGAUGGUACGAUGUCUUCAGAGGCCCAAUCUACUGGUUCAAGCCUGUUGACCAGAUUCCUCCAAUGCCUGAGGGACACCAGAUCACUAUCGACUACUACGAAGGUCGUAGAAUUGUUGAGCGUAUCGCUGACGGUGACAUUUCUGAGCAGGACCUCAAGGAGGGUAACGCCAAGGAGUCUGUCAACUCUCUUGAGACUUCUUCUUCUGUUGAGGCUAAGCCAGAGGAGACUACCAGACAGAAGUGGUGGAGACUCCUCAAGUCUGGUCCAAAGCAGUGGCCAUACCUCUUGUGGCUUGUCGUUUCCCACGGUUUCACCAAGGAUGUCAUUUCCAUGCAAACCAACUCUAAGGGUGUUUUGGCUGCCAACGUUAAGAACAUGCACUCUAAGUCCAAGUUCUACAACAACAAGGUUGAGUACCUUUUCUCCUUGCUUCAAGCCAUCACUGCCUGUACCAUGUCUUUCGCCCACGGUGCUAACGAUAUUGCCAACGCUUCCGGUCCUCUUUCUACUGUCUACCUUGUCUGGAACGAGCAGGGCAUCAAGGAAACCCCACCAAUCUGGAUUCUCUGUUUCACAGCUGCUUCUUUGGUUAUUGGUGUCUGGACUUUCGGUUACAGAAUCAUGAGUGUCUUGGGUAACAAGAUGAUCUUGCAGUCUCCAUCCAGAGGUUUCGCCAUUGAGUUGGGUGCUGCUAUUACUGUCGCCAUGGCUACUCAGUUGGCUAUUCCAGUUUCUACCACCCAGUGUACCGUUGGUGCUACUGUCUUUGUUGGUUUGUGUAACAAGGACCUCAAGAGUGUCAACUGGAGAAUGGUUACCUGGUGUUACUUGGGUUGGUUCAUCACCUUGCCCGUUGCUGGUAUCAUGUCCGGUAUCAUCAUGGGUAUCAUUAUCAACGCUCCUCGUUUGGGUGUUGAAUACGUCCCUCAAUAG